AUGGUUCAGAUCGGAUCUGAAACCUCUACCGAUUACUGCGACAUCGAAGAUGGAUGGCAGAUAAAGGUCUCGAAGCACUAUCACAACCGUGAUUUUAGGGCCUAUGGCGGCGUUUUCAGCAAGAUUGUUCCGAAUGAAAGCCUAGCUAACAAAAACGUCUUCCGUGUACUGAUGGUGGAUGAGGAAACUGAAAAGCCGAUUUUGUCUUUAUCCGAAGCCGCGGCAAAGAUCGAUCCCUCUCAUCUUGCGGCUUUCCUCGCCGCAAAGACGGAGAAGAAGGUUUCAUUAUGUCUUAUUCCUGUAUCUGUCUACGACACAUCAGUCCAUUGGAUCAAGAAUCUUCUAAAUGAUUCAACCUUGAAUUUCGUUGAUUGGGCGCUUGAUGGUAUUCUCACCGAUUGGGAAUCAGAACAACAAGGACUCGAGUCUAACGCUGUGCCCACAUUUGUUGGAUUAGCCUUGGUAUUGCGUAGUAGUAAGCCUGAUGUUUUUACUACUGUUUUGCGGGAGCUGAGGUGGACACCUAUGUAUCAAGGCCAGGACAAGCUUCCGGUUCUAGUUUUGAUACUGGCUCAGUUUUUGAACUCUGUUUGGGAGGAAGAUCGGCUGAUUCCACCUUCUUCAUUUGAGACCUUGCUGCGGCUUACAUUCCCUGCUUCAUCCGCUAGAGUAAAGUCAACAAAGAGGUUUGAGGCAGUUUAUCCCUUGUUGAAAGAAGUAGCCUUUGCACCAGAGAGUGCAACAGGAGGAAAGGCAGUGGAACAGAUAUUCACAUUUUCUUUGAAAUUAGCUGGAGAAGGUGUUGUUGUUACAGGAAAUCCUGGUCUAGCCAAAGAAGCUGCAGCAAUCGCUAUCCGGUCUGUGACAGAACACGUUGAUUGCUUUAACCACUGGGAUAUUCUCUAUAAGGAGCAUCUAGAAGCUAGCGUUGCUCUUCUUAGAAAGCUUGCAGACGAAUGGAAGGAUCAUGCCCCUAAAGUAUUAUCAUCACCAGGUGAUACUCUCACUGUCAAUCGAGCUAUGAGUAGCUUCAGGCUUAAGAAUGAAAAAGGCAUCACAGAAGGAGGAGCCAAUUGUUCACUUUACAAGGAAGCCGACGAGUCGUGCAAACUGAUCUUGGGGAGACUCUCCCGUGAAAGUGGCUGCCUCAAAAUAGCACCCAUUACUGCUGUGGUUCUAGGAGCUGCAUUUGCCGCUGCAGGAGGCGUUGCAGGAGCCGCUCUUGCUCUAUGCUUACCACUAGCAUAAUGGGCGGCCACAAAAUAACGCCCAUUUCUUUUUAAUUGUAUAUUUUUUAAAAUUAACCUAGGCUAACUUGUUCAUACAUAUGUAGUAGGUCAAUUCGUUAGGUGUUUCAUUUUGAAUGAUUAUGUUUAUUUGCGUGACGUGAUUACUAAUUGAUUAAUUGUAUAUUUCUUGCAAAAGAUAGA